AAAAGAAAAUUGGAACUCAAUGUGGCAUGAACCUAGAAGUGGGCUUUUUAUAACCCACCCAAACUGGCCCAUAUCCAACUCAACUUUCCUACAAUUCAUUGUUGCCUUUCUCUCAGCUCAUUCAUCGCAACCUAACGCCGCCGCCACCGCCGACGAAAAACCACCAACGAUUUUUACAGUACAAACAAACAUGGGGAAGAAGAGAAAAGCUUCUGAGCCAUUGGCUGUGCCUAAAAAAGAUGAUGCUGCUCCUGAGAGACCAGUUAGGACUCUUUUGGGAUGGAAGGAUAAGAAUGAAGUUAAUAAUGAUGAUGUUGUUGAAGUUAAGGAUAAUGGUUCUUCACCAAUAUUUAGGAACAAAGAGAAAGUUUUGGUUACUUGCUCUAGGCGCAUUAUUUAUAGGUAUAGGCAUUUGAUGUUGAAUUUGGUUUCGCUUCUACCUCAUUGCAAGAAGGAUAACAAGGUUGAAUCAAAGGAAACUAAAGGUGCCACCCUCAACGAGCUAGUUGAGCUCCAAAACUGUUCCUCUUGUUUAUUUUUUGAGUGCAGGAAGGCAAAAGAUCUUUAUCUUUGGAUGUCAAAAUGUCCCAAUGGCCCAUCCGUAAAGUUUUUAGUUAGUGCCGUGCACACAAUGGAGGAAUUGAAGCUAACUGGAAAUCACCUAAAAGGUUCCCGGCCUCUUUUGACAUUUUCAACAAAUUUUGAAAAAGAUGCAUACUGGAAACUUUUGAAGGAGAUGCUGUUACAGAUAUUUGAAACACCAAAGGACCAUAGAAAGGCUAAGCCUUUCCAUGACCACGUUUUUGUUUUCUCAAUAGUUGACGACCAUAUAUGGUUCCGAAAUUAUCAGAUAUCUGUUCCACAUAAUGAAUCAGACAAAUUACCUCGAGGAGGCCUUGAUAAAAUGACAUUGAUUGAGGUUGGUCCACGGUUCUGCUUGAACCCAAUUAAAAUAUUUGGUGGCAGUUUUGGAGGCCCAACUUUGUAUGAGAAUCCAUUCUAUGUCUCACCAAAUCAGAUUCGAGCUUUGCAGAAAAAGAAGAAAGCUGGAGCGUUUGCAAAGAAGGUGAAAGCAAAGACAAGGAGGAAAUUGCAUGAGAUGUCUAAUCCUCUGGAGCCUGAUGAGUUUGCAGAUAUGUGGAAAGAUUAAUCUUAAAUACACGUGCCAUUUUCACUGAAAGUUAGAAUGAAUGAACAUUUGACCUUAUAUGAUUCCAGCAAGAAAUUGCAAUUUUUGGUUGGCAGCCCAUGCUUUACAGCAGAUUUUGAUGUUAUGAAUCGGUUUAUAUGUUCGAUUGGUUAUAGGAGUUGUACUUUUGUUUAUCAUCAAACCAUGAUCUUUAAACAAAAGGUAGAUUUCUUUGAAUCUGUAAUGUUGUUUUCUUUGAUUCUUGGGGGAACCUUUUCCUACCCUUAGUUGUAUUAUUAUGGUUUUCAUUGCUCAAUGGUCCUAGAUGUGCAUGUCUUCGGUAACAUUGGAAAAUGUAUGUUUAGAGAUAUCAACAUUAAAUUAGUCUGUUACAGUCACAAUUCACAAAGGGUUUUCUGAUGAGUGACGGGGACUACUGAUUUCCAUUCAUAAUUUUGAAGUCACAAUUGUAAAGAAA